AUAUAUAUAAUUUUAAUGCGCAGUAUACCAAAAGUUGACUAUAAAUAUAAAUAGAUGUGGCUGCAGACAAUUGCUAUCGUCUUACCUCGUGUUCAAGAACAUUAUUCAAUUUCAGAUAAUCUCAUUGGAAUACUAUCCAGCUCCUUGUUUGCUGGCAUGACUUUCGGUGCCUUCUUUUGGGGGACUUAUUCUGAUGCAAAAGGCAGAAGAGUACCUUACACCAUGACACUCUUGAUUACAUCUGUGUUUGGAACGCUUUCAAGUUUUACCUUCAACUUUUUCACACUAUGUCUCUGUUUAUUCUUCCUUGGCUUUGGUGUUGGAGGAAAUAUGCCUACGGAUGGCGCGCUCUAUUUAGAAUUCUUACCCAAAGAGUAUCAUUAUUUGCUGACAUUCAUGUCUGUCUUCUUUUCACUUGGUGCGGUAUUGGCAUCUGUCUUUGGUUACGUGAUUUUGCCGUGUGAAGGGCCAUGUGAUGAUAAUCGCUGGAGGAUGAUGCUCUUUGUCAUUGCCAUGAUGACAUUCUUUAUGCUUGCCAUUCGCACCUUCUUACUCAAGCUGCCAGAGACUCCCAAGUUUCUGAUGAACCAGGGUAAAACAAACGAGACGAUCAUUGUGUUACAGGAUAUCGCAAGGAUGAAUGGCGGUCAUGUUCAUAUCGAUAAGGAUGAUCUAUCUGCAUCAGUGGCAUGUGAAGGCUAUGAGGAGCUGCAUGAUACGACUGAUGAAGUCAGCCCGAUGCUGCUUGAGGCACAGGAUGAGGCUGACAAACAAGAGAAAAGCACACAGGCGUUGAAGGAACUGUUGGGACCAAAAUGGAGAAAGACGACGCUGCUUAUAUGGUUGAUUUGGACAUUUACGUCAGUAGCUUAUACCAUGUUUAACGUGUUUCUGCCCAAGUUUUUGGAGACAGUGCAAAGUGAAGAAGCAAAGCCAACCUUGGCAGAGGUCUAUUGGGAUUAUUUAAUUUAUUCCUUAGCUGGAAUGCCUGGCUCUGUGAUUGCGUCGUAUCUUGUAGAGACAUCAUUUGGCAGAAAAGGAACCAUGGCCAUAUCUGCUAUAGGAUCAUCCUUGUCCCUGCUUGUUUUCUCAGUGUUCAAGGCUCGUCUGGUAAUGGUCCUAUCCUCUUCAUCUGUAUCCUUUCUUGCUACGCUAUUAUAUGCAGUUAUUUAUGGAUAUACUCCUGAAGUGUUCAACACAUCUGUAAGAGGAACCGCAGUUGGCACUGCAUCGGCGCUUGGAAGAGUAGCUGGCAUCAUUAGUCCUCUACUUGCUGGGCUCUUAUUUAUCGUCAACACGUCUCUACCGCUUUAUGUGAGCGUCGGUGGUUAUUUAAUUGUUGGUGUCUGUAUACUCAUGCUUCCCUUUGAAACAAGAAGAAAAUAAACCUCUUUAUUAUUUAUUGAUUUUACGCUGUAUCCAACCCCAUGUCUGCAGUCUUCUUACAACAGUAGGUGUGAUGGCAGCCGUCAGAGAGAGCCGAAAGGGUAGUAAAAUUGUUUUAUGAAUGCCAUAGGCAAUAACAAAAAGUGUGGUAAAAGAAGGCUUUUCGUCAGAUAGAUGUGAUGCGUCUGUAGGUGUGUGUUUAAGGCCCACCCAGUUCUUCAUUUUCCCAAUUACAUAGUUUUCUGCUUCCUUGACUUGUUGAGCUCCUUUUACACUAAUGACUGCCAUGGUUGCUGCCAAGUCAAUAGCACCCAGUGUCAAAUAAACUCCUAUGCCUGCAUAGCCAUACUUUUUCAUGAAAGACUUUGUUUUUGCAGUUUUAGAUUGUUGCUGUUGCUGUUGCUGUUGUAGUGAAGGAUAUGAAGUAAAUAGACUACGUCUUGGCUGGUAUAAUAACACAUGUCUGUGAGCAAAGAAUCUGUUCAUGACAAAAGGUAU